CGCCCCAAAGCUGUGAUUCGAAACGGAAGUGGUUCGAUACGGUGUUUCGAGUCCACCCAUCAUUAAGGAGGACGGGCCAGCUGACCAAGAGCAGGAGGAGGUGCAGGCACAGCCGGGCUGCUGAAGGAGCUGCUAUUCCGACACACUGGCGUGUUGAACGGAGUGAACCUGCGGCGUAAUCCGGUGUUGAUUCCCCGCCGGCAGCGACCAUCCAUCCGUUUCAUGGGGAGUUUAGUUAGCUAGGCUAACUAGCGUUUAUUAAAAUAACAAGUAUUAAAGGAGCAUCAGACUGUGCUUUUGCAAUUUUGGACUUAGAAUUAUUUCGGAGUACUGUAACUAGUAGUUUUAGUUGCAUUUUAAAAUGUCUAUAUUACCGUUCACUCCUCCAAUCGUGAAGAGGCUCCUUGGCUGGAAGAAGGGAGAGCAGAACGGGCAAGAGGAGAAAUGGUGCGAAAAGGCUGUGAAAAGUCUUGUGAAGAAGUUGAAAAAGACGGGACAGUUGGAAGAGUUGGAAAAGGCCAUCACAACACAGAAUGUCAACACAAAAUGCAUAACCAUACCCAGGUCUUUAGAUGGGCGUCUCCAGGUCUCCCACAGAAAAGGUCUUCCUCAUGUGAUCUACUGCCGCUUGUGGCGCUGGCCAGACCUGCAGUCCCAUCAUGAACUGAGAGCUGUUGACCACUGUGAAUUUGCCUUCCACACCAAGAAGGAUGAAGUGUGCAUCAACCCCUACCACUACCAGAGGGUGGAGACGCCAAUUUUGCCUCCUGUCUUAGUACCACGACAUAUGGAUAUCCCCGCAGAGUUCUCAUCGCUGGAUGACUGCAGUCCAUCCAUUCCUGAGAACACUAACUUCCCUGCUGGUAUUGAGCCCCAGAGUAACUAUAUUCCCGAAACUCCCCCACCAGGGUAUCUGAGUGAGGAUGGUGAGACAAAUGAUCACCAACUCAACCACAGCAUGGAGACAGGUUCACCUAGCCUAUCGCCCAAUCCUGUGUCACCCACAAACAGUAAUCUUGACUUACAACCUGUGACAUACUGCGAGUCUGCCUUCUGGUGCUCUAUCUCCUACUAUGAACUGAAUCAACGUGUAGGAGAGACCUUCCAUGCUUCCCAGCCAUCCCUCACAGUCGACGGAUUCACAGACCCCUCUAACUCUGAGCGCUUCUGUCUGGGCUUGCUGUCAAAUGUAAAUCGCAAUUCAGCAGUAGAGCUCACACGGAGACAUAUAGGACGAGGCGUGAGGUUGUAUUACAUUGGGGGAGAAGUGUUUGCAGAGUGUCUCAGUGACAGUGCCAUCUUUGUCCAGAGUCCCAACUGCAACCAACGCUACGGUUGGCAUCCUGCCACUGUCUGCAAAAUCCCUCCAGGCUGCAACCUAAAGAUCUUCAACAACCAGGAGUUUGCUACCCUGCUUGCCCAGUCAGUCAACCAGGGCUUUGAGGCUGUCUACCAGCUCACCAGGAUGUGUACCAUUCGCAUGAGUUUUGUCAAGGGCUGGGGGGCUGAGUACAGGCGUCAGACAGUGACCAGCACCCCCUGCUGGAUUGAGCUACAUCUCAAUGGCCCUUUGCAGUGGCUGGACAAGGUCCUCACCCAAAUGGGCUCUCCCAGCAUCAACUGCUCUAGUAUGUCCUAGGAGCAAUACAUGCUUCCCAACAGCCCUUUCCCCCAUCUACACAGCUAAAUACAAACCAUACAGGAAAACUCAAAUGUCUUUUAGUGAUAAUGAAAGAGCUGCCAUUCAUCAAAUCAUUAAUUCAGUCUCCAACAUUUCACCUCAUAUACAGAGGACUUUCCUUAGUAGCAUUUAGUCUCCAUUUUAAGGUUGUAUUAGCACUUAACCAUUGUUUGGUUUUCAUUUGUUCCAUGUGCAGCAAUAGGGUAUUUGCAGUACAUUUCAAAAGAAAAAAACAUUCUUUGUUACUCAUUCAAACAUCAGGCUUACUGUUGUAACUUCUUUUUUGUAAAGGAGACUGAAAUAUCUGUUUUCCAAGUUGGUACAGUUUCAGCUUGAUUAUCUAAAUAGUUCAAACCAUUUUGAUUCUGUGAAUUAGUCAAGAUUAUGAGUAUGCUACCAUCACUGGUGUUUCAGUGUCCUGGUGCCACUCAUUGCAAUCGCUGAAUUGGGAAGCUUAUCAACUGAACCAUGAAUUAACCUGGAAAAUGUCAUUGAGUAGUGAUUAAAUAGAAUAUAUUUAAGUAAUAUUUUAAGUACAAGGUACUUUACCCAUAUUGAUUUAUCUGUAACAAUGAAAGCAUCCAUUACCUGAUUGGUAUUUUAUCUAUUUAAAAAGAAUAUAGACAUUAACACCACGUCUGUGCAGAUUCUCAGUCAUCCAGGUCAUAGUAAACUGAAAAAACUUAGAAAAAAAUAAACUGGACUAGAUUUCUACCUAGAAAUCUAGUCCAGUUGAUUUUUUUCUAAGUUUUUUCAGUUCAUUAACACCACGGUUUCUUAAAAAGAUCCCUUGUAUCAAAACUAUUUUGCUCAGUGAAAGACAUUUUAUAAGUUAUUUUUGCAUACUGUCCUGCAUGGGAAUAUAUUUUUGUUAUUGCCUCUAUGAUUGUACAUACAUAUUUAUAGCUUGUGAUUUCCUGUAGUCAUGCAUUGCCUGAAACAGUGGACCUGACUGACCUCAGGCACGUGUAGUUUCAUAAUCCAUAACUUGUACUCCUUAAAUACAAGUUUCUCUAUUGCAGGUCAACUGGCUCUUAAGUUUAACACACCUAAGAUUACUGUACUAGCAGUUACUGUUAACUGCAAGCACAGGGACACAUGACAUGCAGUAUCCAUGAUCAUAGUGGACUGAUAUCUUAAGUGUGAAGGGAACUCAGUAGCAGAGAACAUGGCUGUGCUUUUCACGUGUUAGCCAAUAGUACAUUAUGCUCCUUGUGGGUAAAUGAUGCACUUGAUCAGAGUAAUGCUUCAGUUCUGGUGGCAAUUUGUUUGUCCAAUAAAUGUAUAUUAAAUGUACAUUGCUACAAUAUAAAGCAUGUGUAAUGCUCGCUGCCCUUGUCUUUAAAGCCACCGUGUUAAUCC